GUGACGCACAAAUCCUGAUUCUGGCGACCAAGGCACGUCUGAAAUGCGGAUAGCCUGUCUGUCGUCUCGUCCUCUCGGCAAUGCGCAAUUUAGGAGUCGCUUUUCGCGCGAGCACCUUCCGCGCAAGCACCAUGCGCUCUCCUCAGUUGCCUUCCGCAGCCGGCGGUAGUCAGCGCAAUUCGGCUUCGGUAGCGGGAAUGGCGACGAUUAACGCGACGGCUAGUGUCGCAGGGCGGUCGCAUGGCAGAAGUGUGCUUCAGCCUGGACGGUUUCCGACUCAACAAGAGCUUCUUCGCUUCCCAGAUAAGCUCAUCAGAGACAUCGCUUUUGUUGCCUUCUGCCCGCCGCUGCUGCUCUCGUCCAACCAGCUACCAACAGUGGACCCACACGCAUUCGCCCAGACCUCUUCCCUCCUGAUGCCUAACAGCCCGGAUCACUCCAGUCCAAGCAAUUAUCCGCACCAUGAGGCAUGUGACAAUAGCGAGAGGGAGGGCCAACAGGCGCUCUUGGCCUGGCUGGAGUCCCUGGAUGGAGGACACGUGGCAGCAUGGUUCAGGCAGAAGAAACAGAGCGCCCGAUUGGGCGACCACUAUGCUCUUUGCAUUCUCUUCGCCCUCACGUUCGGCCCGAGCCUCAAGCCUCGGGGCCUCCGAACCUCUGUCCAAGUUCACGUUUCAGAGGUUCGGGGGAAGCCCACCCGGCUUAUCUUCCCCGAACCAGAUCAAACCCUCCCCGAAGCAGACACAUCAGCUGACGGCGGCCUAUCCGAACCUGACCCCCCCGAACCCAACAUGCCAGACUCCUCCACCUUGUUGAAGCAGAGUCCAGACCAGCCGAACUUACCGAGCCUAGAGGGCUUCAGCGUGCCGAGCCUGGAGCUGGCUCCGGCUCGGCCAGAGCUAGACUUUCCGGAGCUGAGGCAGAUGGGCAGACGGGCUCGGAAGCGAUUCCUGCGCGAGUCGAGGGAGAGGAAGGGGCGGAUUCAGACCAUGGGGGAGUUUGAUGUGCUCUUCACCCUGCCGCCUCCCUCCCUCCCUCCUCACUCACCCUCUCCUCCUCCUCCCUCUCUUCCUCACUUGCUCUCUCCUCCUCCCCUUUCUCCUCCUGAUUCCAAGUCGCCUGGUUUAUGUUGCAAGAGAGUUUUAGAGGGUGGUGCAACUGCUGCUGCUGAUGAUUGUGGUGGAGAUACAGCUGCUGUUGCAGCUGUUGAUUCUGCUCCUCCUGCUGCUGCUGCUGCUGCCGCUGCUAAUCCCGCCAUUGGACUUGAGGAUGCAGCCGCAGCAGCCUCAGCUGUGCUCCACCACUGGGAGCUUUCCGUGAAGUUUCUCCUCUUCGUGGGCUCGUGGGACGAUGCACUUGCCAUCUUCUCCCGCCGGUUCCAUCCCACUCAGAGCAGCAGCAGCAGCAGCAGCAGCAGCACCACCACCACCACCACCACCAUCACCACCACCAUCACCACCACCACCACCAGUAGCAGCAGCACCACUAUCAGUGGUAGCAGCAGCAGCAGCAGCAGCAGCAGCAGCGGCAGUGAAGCAGCACCUGACUGGCUGCUGGGGCAGUACCUGGGCCCCCACGUGGGGGAGUCCCUCCGCGACCGGAAGGAGCGGCUUAGCCGACAACUGCUGCUGGGCAAACACGGUUAUGGGGCUCAGCUUAUAACGAGGAUGUAUGGAGUUGAGGGUACUGGGGGGGCGGCAAUGGAAAAUGAAGGGAGUAGGGAGAGUUGUGGGGUGGAUGGGAUUACAGAGAGCUGUGGAGGGAAAGAGAUAUUAUCCUCGUUACAAGCAGCAGCGCUGUUACAAGGGUACUUGUUCUAUGAGUACCCCCUGUGGCUGAAACUGAGAGAGAUGGAGGAGGGCUGGAGAGAGAGAGGCGCCAAAUUUGGGACCGUUGCUACCAGGGGCGAUUCUGAGAUAGGGGGUAGAGCAGUAGCAGCAUCAGCAGCAGCAGGAAGAACAGCAGCAGCAGCAGGAGACACAGCAGCAGCAGCAGCAGGCACAGGAGCACCAGCAUCAGGAGCAGCAUUUUAUGGAGAAUGUGCCGUGUUCCCCUGGCACUGGUACGGGUGGUGGACGCAUGAUGCUGCAGCCAUGGUGCAGCUGCCCAAGCAUGCCCACUCCCGCUGGUACAUCAUGCCCAAAGACGAAUGGCUCUCGCCUGUGCUGGUCCCAGAUGAGACACCCCCCUGUCUAUUGCCUCCAGAUACCACCUCCCCUGGAACCCACCUAGAUGCUGCCUGUGCAAGUGCUGACCUGGACGCUACCUUCCCCGAAGCCCACCAAGAAGCAACCUGCUCUGGUGCUGAUGACCUAGGUGCCUGCUUCCAGUCUUGCCCGGAUGGAAUUGCAACGCCAUUGACAGGAAACCUUUUGCUUCAAGUUAUUUACAAGUGCUCCGAAGAGGCUCGGUUGAGGAAUCUUCCCAGGAAGCUCCGUUUCUUGGUUGCUGAGCUGGAGUGGGACUCACGGUAUCAGUUUCAGGAGGAGACGAAUGGUGAAAUGCGUGAUAGCGAUGGAAGUGAGGGGCUUGAGCAUUGUGAUAGGAAGGGAGCUUGGGUUGAGGCUAGCAGGGGAUUUAUUGUUGAGAAGGGUUGGCCUGAUAGUCGAAACCAUCCUCCACAUGGAUUCGUUUGGAGAGAAGAAUGUAACAUUCCCUUUUGGUGAGUUGUGUGUGUUUCACUCAUACUU